AGCGCGAUUCGGUCAGUGAAGAUGGCGUUGGUUUGAGAGCUCAAACGCGCCGCUUGUUUCUCCUCAAAAAACACAGAGGAGCUCGAUUUAACAUAGAUUUAUAGCCUUUCCGCGACUGUUUCCGGUAUCGUAUUGCUCAAAGACGCCUGAAUGUUCUGUAGUUACCACUGUAGGAGGGUUACAGCGACCUCACGUAAAGGUGUGACCGUUUUUUUGAAAGAAGAAACAGAGGGGCGGGUUUGAAGGCUAGCUCUGUUAGCUUCCUGCAUUAGAGCUAACGGACGGCUAGCCAGCUCUGUUUAUCCUCCUAUAUUCUCCUGAAAUCAGCACCGGGCCGCUAUUUUUCAGCUUGUAUCUGAUUUCGGGAGGGAUAUUAGAUGCCAAGUUGGCCGACCGGGUUCACGGUUUUUGGUUGUUUUCUCGCUGAGCCGUCGCGCCUCGCCACCGGCACCUGAUGAACUCGAGUCCGCUGCCCAACGGUAAACAGAUGUCGGACAACCAGAGCUGGAACUCCUCGGGCUCUGAGGAGGACCUGGAGGCUGAUCCCGGACCGCACGGAGGGGUGGCCGAGUUCAGUGGAGUCCUCAGCAAGUGGACUAACUACAUCCAUGGCUGGCAGGACCGAUGGGUUGUCCUCAAGAACAACACUCUGAGCUACUACAAGUCUCAGGAUGAGAGGGAGUACGGGUGCAGGGGCUCACUGUGCCUCAGCAAGGCCGUCAUCACGCCCCACGAGUUUGAUGAGUGCAGGCUGGAUAUCAGUGUUAACGACAGCGUGUGGUACCUGAGGGCUAUGGACCCUGAACACCGUAACCAGUGGAUCGACUCCAUCGAGCAGCACAGGGCCGAGUCUGGUUAUGGUUCUGAGUCCAGUUUGCGGAGACAUGGCUCCAUGCUGUCUCUCACCUCCGCUACCAGCGGCUACUCCGCCACCUCCACCUCCUCCUUUAAGAAGGGCCACAGUCUGCGGGAGAAGCUCGCUGAGAUGGAGACGUUCAGAGACAUCCUGUGCAGGCAGGUGGACACGCUGCAGAAGUACUUCGAUGCCUGUGCAGACGCCGUGUCCAAGGACGAGCUGCAGAGGGACAAAAUUGUGGAGGACGAUGAAGACGACUUCCCGACCACUCGUUCCGAUGGAGAGUUCCUGCACAACUACAACGGCAGCAGAGAGAAGCUGUUCCAGUCUCUGAGCACUAAGGGCAUCAAUGGGAUAGAUUUUAAAGGGGAGGCCAUCACCUUCAAGGCCACUACAGCAGGGAUCCUGGCCACGCUCUCUCACUGCAUCGACCUGAUGGUGAAGAGAGAGGACAGCUGGCAGAGGAGACUGGAUAAGGAGACGGAGAAAAGGAGGAGAGUGGAGGAGGCCUAUAAAACAGCAUUGUCCGAGCUGAAGAAGAAAUCUCAUUUCGGAGGCCCGGACUAUGAGGAGGGUCCAAACAGUCUUAUAAACGAGGAUGAGUUCUUUGAUGCUGUGGAGGCCGCUCUGGACCGACAGGAUAAAAUAGAGGAACAGACGGAGAAGUCUCGGAUACAGAGGCCCAGCCCCAUGCCUUCAGGAGACGCCUACUCCACUAUGGGCACCCACCGGUUCGCUGAGAAGUCUCCCUCUCCACCCUCCUCCCCUCUGUCCUGUGCUGUAGCCCUCAGCCCCCCUCUUCACCAUGAGCACAGGUUCAGUGCUGAGGUGGAGGAGAUGGUGCAGAGUCACAUGACGUACUCCCUUCAGGAUGUAGGCGGAGAUGCAAACUGGCAGCUGGUGGUGGAGGAGGGAGAGAUGAAGGUGUACAGGAGAGAGGUUGAGGAAAACGGUAUCGUGUUGGACCCUCUGAAAGCCACACACGCAGUGAAGGGAGUCACAGGUCACGAGGUCUGCCACUACUUCUGGGAUACAGACGUCCGCAAUGACUGGGAGACCACUGUUGAAAACUUCAACAUAGUGGAGACAUUAUCAGACAACGCCAUAAUCGUCUACCAGACCCACAAGAGGGUGUGGCCUGCGUCACAGAGAGACGUGCUGUAUUUGUCGGCAAUCCGUAAGAUCAUAGCCAACAAUGAGAAUGACCCUGACACAUGGAUUGUCUGCAACUUCUCUGUCGACCAUGACAACGCCCAGCCAAGCAGCAGGUGUGUCCGUGCCAAAAUCAACAUUGCCAUGAUCUGCCAGACGCUGGUCAGCCCACCAGAGGGCGACAAAGAGAUCAGCAGAGAUAACAUACUGUGCAGAAUCACAUACGUCGCCAAUGUGAACCCCGGUGGUUGGGCCCCUGCGUCUGUUCUCAGAGCCGUGGCCAAGAGAGAAUAUCCCAAAUUCUUGAAGCGUUUCACCUCCUACGUGCAGGAGAAAACUGCCGGCAAGCCCAUCCUCUUCUGAGCGCUCAGCCUGAGCGUACAGCAUCCCUCUCUACACUCCCAGCUACAGCACCCCCCGACACUGCAGCCCCUCUUCUCCAGACUGUUCAGAACCAUGGCUGCCACAAGAAGCAAACUACAUUACCCAUGAGUCAUUGCUGCAGUCCCUGCUGCAUGCCCUGUAGGCUUUAAAGCGGUCCUGUGGCUUUAACCCAUUCACUGCUCCUGUGCCCCUGUGCUAGCACUCACACAGAGAGGAGUACAGAGAUUGCCAAAUGUCAACAUUUGUUCUGAAUUUUCUGGCGCGCAUAUAUAUAUAUAUAUAUAUAUA